AUGUCAUUUAGUAACCCCUUCCAGGACGAUAUCGAGAACGAUGCUUCUUCGAACCACUAUAAGGAUUUCCCUGAGUUUGAGACUCUAUCUCAAGCUAUAGACAACAAUUUACACAACAUCAACAACAGCCAGCUAGUGUCUAUGAGGAACUUGCUAGGACAGUAUGAGAAGUUACUACAUAGUGGGAAUGACGCUGUUGAUUCUGAAAGUUCGAAGGUACCACAGGAGAUUCUGGAAGUCUCGACAAAAUGUACCGAGUCCUUCAAAAAGAUCAACAAUCUUGCCAAGGAGUUGAAUGACUACCUCACCCGGUGUGAAGACAAUCAUGAGGACCCAGAUGCAUUAAGGUAUCUCCGUCAAAAGGAAGGAAUUCAUGUGAGCUUAAUACGUUCCAGUUUACAACAGUACCGCCGUCUACAACAGAGAUACUCCGCACUUCAAAAGCAGUUUGUAACCAAAAUUCCUGGAAAUCAGAUUGAGGAACGAACUGUGGAGGAGCAGGGUGCCGGGCCUCAGCAGCAAAGCAUUCAGAUCGAAUAUGAACCAGUCAAUGCCGAGGAAUUAGAGCAGCAAACGCUUUUAAUCGAAGAAAGAGAGCGAGAAAUUCAACAGAUAUCGCAGGACACACAGGAAAUCAACGAUAUCUUCUCGAAUCUACAAGAUAUUAUUCAGGAGCAACUGUUUCAGAUCGAUACUAUUGAAGAGAAUAUCAAUAGCUACAGUGCCGAUGCUAGAGGGGCCUCGGAUCCAGUGGGCGUAUGUGCUGUUGUCUCAUCAUUCUUCUAG